AUGUGCACCCAACUUGGUCCGAAUCAAGGAUGGGAUAUAACGCUACCGCAGCUGGGAUUCCAACACCCCUUUGUCUUGUACGGAAUACUCAGUCUGGCAAGUCUCCAGCGUGCCCUCUCUGACCCUGAGGACAUCCAAGGCUAUAUGGUAGCCGCUACAAACUACCACGCCAACGCCGUACAAAGGUUCUUAGCCACACAAGCGUUAACCUCCGAACCCAGCGAUAGGACUCUCGAUGCAAUGUUUGCCUUUUCUAUCAUUGACAUCAUAUAUGUUUUGGCUACAUACGGCACGCUCUCUCGUCAAUCCGAGCCUACUUUCCGGCCCUCUCAUAUUCUCGAACUUGAUUGGAUCCGCGAUAUUCGAAGUGUGAGAGCUUUGCUCAAGCCGUUUAAUGACAAAAUACGGGAGGGUUGCCUUGGUGAGUUUGAAAACCUCAAGACUUACGAGGAUUGGGGCGUUGGUCACGGGUCAGUUAGUGGAGAUAAUGAACUACUGGAUCUACAGGUAUCAUACGAGGGAUGCAGUUCUGCGGAUAUUGAGCUCUAUAACUCAACUAUCAAGCUCCUCAGAAGUUGUCGUCCUUACAUGAGCUCUCUGGGAGAUGUUAGUACAGACGAUGCAAGGCUCACUAGACUGAAUCCGCAUUGGAUCACCCCAUUGAUCUUCUUGCAAGAGGUAUCAGAAGAGUUUAUGGACAGACUAUAUCAGCGGCAGCCACCAGCCCUGUUGAUCUUGUCCUUCUUUGGUGCGAUGCUAUCUGCAUACGAUACUGUUUGGUUCAUGGAAGGGUGGGCAUUAGAGAUAGUGACAGCCGUUGACUAUGCUUUGGGCGAUUAUUGGGCACUUUAUACUGCAUGGUGCCGUGAGCAGGUUGCUAUGAACUUUGUCAGAUGGGAAAGUUGUAGUGAAGUGGCGACACCCAUGUCAUAG